AUGUGCUUCAUUGAGAAACAGAUGCUGAAUUGUUCUUUAUGUGGUGGGCCCGCCGUUCCGUACACUGUCCUCCUUGGUUGCUCUUUCGGCCAGAAAUGGGGCGAUUGCAGUUGGGGUUUUGAGACUGUUGUUAACGUCACUAGAUCACACCCUUCUUGUAUUGUGCUCGACCAACUCUGCCGUGACGCUCGCAUGGGUGUCGUUCCUGAUGCUCACCUAGCUCCUGUGCACAUCGACACUCGCAUGGAUGUUGAUCCUCUUGACGCUCCAUCGUUUACCACGCUUGCUCGUACAACACCAUCAAUGCCUGCUUAUGCUCACUCUCUUCCUGCUGGUUGGACUGCUGACAGCGCCAAUAAUCCUUCCACUGCUCUGACUCUGGCUACUCAGCACCGUGACUUACUCGUUCGCAUGAUUGAAGAGAUGGUCCCCACCGUUCAGAACCUCCGCACCACCAUCGCUCCCAUCGACUUCCGUCUUGCUCGCGUCAUUCAAUGGUCUGAAAAUUGGAUGGCUGGUAUGGUCGUCGCCGCCAAUACCCAAAUUUCCAAAGUCAACUAUGCUGAAUCCGAGAUCGCCAACAAUACUUCCUGGGCCGCUCAGGCUUCCACCGACAUCGCAAACAUUGAAGCCGGGCUAGUCAACCAAACUGACCCUUUUGAGGGUGCUAUGAUCUGGCACAGAAGAUUCACUAACUUGUUUAUUCAUCUUAGACGUGUUGCUGGUCAAUUGUCGCCACCGAGACCUAUUCCUGAGUCACCGCCGCCCAUGAUGAGGAGACGUGGUGCUACUGCUGGACUUGAGGAGAUGAUGGCUAACGACCACUCUGACUNNUUUUUGCCGCAGGCUUCGUUCUAUCUUCCAGAAGGUGCGCUUUCUGAUGAUGAGGCGGGGUCUUCUGCCGAUUCUCAGGACAGGGAGCAGGAUGAGUAUAUGGACUUUGACGACUAA